GUCAAUUCGACCAUGACAGCUGUCAAAGGAUCAAAGCAAGCCAGGUAAAGUAGAAGUAAUUACUGGCGAUUCGGUUCACUGCAAGUCAAGUCUUGCGAUGUAGGCUUAUAAUUUAGAAAGCUGGUGUUUGUGUGUGUCAGUGUUUAUAUAACACGCAAUCCGUCAACAUGGGACGCGCGUGCAGAAAAUUAAAUGUUAUCUGGUGUUCUGGAUUGUUGUUCUUGGUUUUGAUAGUCGUUAAGAUAAAAUGCCAUCCUCAAUGUUUGGAUUCUAGACCACCUUUUAAAGGGACAGGUUUAACAUUUUGCUCGCAGUAUCAGGACUAUGGAUGCUGUACUAGUCAAGACGAUGUGCAACUGAAAGAAAGAUAUGAUAGAAUACAACAACUUAUUCCUCCGGAAAACCAGCAGAUUUGGACUGAUUGCUCAGAGUAUGCCAAAACUUUCGUCUGUCAAGAAUGCUCUCCUUAUGCUGCUCAUAUUUUUGAUGCCGAACAAACCACCAAAGAUAUUGUCGUUAAACCGAGAGCCUUUCCUGGUCUAUGUAAAAACUACUGCAGCACUUUCUAUCAAAAAUGCAAAGAUUUUGUGAAAUAUUACAUGGAUGAGGCUGGUAGCGGCUAUAUGGAAGAAGCUUUGAGAUUAACCGAAGCUUUAUCAAGUCAGAUGGAAUUUUGUACAAAUGGCACCAAGUUGAUCGAUAAUGACUAUUGCUUUCCGGAGCUACUAACAAACCCAAUACUUAAUGGGAACAUUACGAUUGAAAAAGUAACACAAGAAGGUUGUUUAUGUUUAGAGCCUAUGAGUACAGUUUUUUAUAGAAAUCCUAUUUUUCUGAAGCAUGCAAAUGACAGUUCUAAAAGAAUGUUUGUUGGGGAACAGAUAGGGCUGGUGCAUAUAAUGUACCCAGAUGGUCGUGUAUUGGAGGAACCAUUCUUAGAUUUAACAUACGAUAUCAAAACAACAAGCUCUAAGGGCGAUGAAAGAGGAAUGCUUGGAAUGGCAUUUCAUCCAAACUAUAUCAAUAAUGGGUUAUUUUACAUUUAUUAUUCAACUCACAUAAGUGAUUAUGAACAGAUUCAGAGCGGAGCAGACCAUAAAAUAAGGAUUGAAGAAUUUAAGGUUCGGGAUGACAAUCCUAACAGUGUUAACACCAGUUACAGCAGAGUCAUCUUGGAGGUCUAUGAACCAUAUUGGAACCAUAACGGGGGAGAGAUUUUGUUUGGAGACGAUGGGUACAUGUAUUUGUUUAUCGGGGACGGAGGGAUGGCUGGAGAUCCACUCAACUCCGGCCAAGACUUGAAUUCUCUGCUCGGGAAAGUACUACGUAUAGAUGUGGACAAUGUAGACUAUGUUAGACGUACAGAGUACAGCAUUCCACCAGACAAUCCGUUCGUCAACGACAUAAGGGCUUUGCCUGAAGUUUAUGCAUACGGUGUCCGAAACAUUUGGAGGUGUGGAAAAGACCGAGGGGACCCUAUCACUAAAUUUGGAAAAGGUCGCAUUGUUUGCGGAGAUGUUGGGCAGAGUGCCAGAGAAGAAAUUGAUUUGAUAGAGAAGGGAGCUAACUAUGGGUGGAAGAAAAUGGAGGGUACAACCCCUUACUGCUCUGCAUGUAAAUAUGCAUCAGGAGGAAAUGUGACAGCCCCCAUCUGGGAUUAUCCACAUUCCUUUGGAAAGUCUGUGACCGGGGGCCAUUUUUAUCGCGGUUGCCAAAGCCCAAAUCUCCAGGGCUACUACAUAUAUGGGGAUUUUAUGAGUGGGCGUCUUUUCCGUCUUCUCCACCAUGCCAACAAUGACACGUGGACAAACAAGGAACUGAAGAUGUGUGCUUCGAAUGUCUGUGUACCCCCUCUCGUCAACGACUACGCCACCAGCAUCAUAUCAUUUGGCGAGGAUGAGGAGGGGGAGGUGUACAUGCUGUCAACCGACUAUGCCUCCACAACUGUUCGUGCCGGAACUGUUUACAAGAUUGUCGACCCCAUCAGACGUGGAAACCCACAGGACUGCAAAGGAUAUGAUGUCCAGACUCCACCAACAAUA